UUUAAAUGUCAUAUUCAUUAUUUGGAGAAACAGUGAGCAAUAAAAGCAUUUCACGAACCUUCAAUGGUCUCUAUAUUCUCUGGCGGAAGAUACCCUACUCACAUCGACAAUCCUGUCGUGCGUGUCCGUUGCCAAAGUGAAUGAGGAUGUUGGCUAGCUAAUUGCUGGAGUUCAGGUGAAAGGAGUUUCUGUUGAGCGACUGACACAAAACUAAAGAACCGACAUAUUAGCUUGACAACUUAUUAAAGCAAGUACAUGUCACUAUUCGGAAAAACAUAACGACGAUGACCCAACCUCGGCCAAACGAGUUCAUUCCUCCACCGGAGUGUCCUGUCUUUGAGCCCAGUUGGGAGGAAUUUGCCGACCCAUUUGCGUUUAUCAACAAAAUACGACCAAUAGCUGAGAAAACUGGUAUCUGCAAAGUCCGACCGCCACAGGGCUGGCAGCCUCCAUUUGCCUGUGAUGUCGACCGUCUGCACUUCACACCACGGAUCCAGAGGCUCAACGAGCUGGAGGCCCAGACCAGAGUGAAGCUCAACUUCCUGGAUCAGAUGGCCAAGUUCUGGGAGCUGCAGGGCUGCACACUGAAGAUCCCACACGUGGAGCGCAAGAUCCUGGACCUCUACCUGCUCUACAAGCUGGUGAAGGAAGACGGCGGUUUCGAGGCGGUGUGCCGUGAGCGGAGGUGGACGAAGAUCUCUCUGAAGAUGGGCUUUGCUCCGGGCAAGGCCGUGGGCUCGCACCUGCGUGCCCAUUACGAGAGGAUCCUCUACCCCUACCACCUGUUCCAGGCUGGCGCCAACCGCCCCGACUCUCAGAAGCCCACUCUGACCAACGACACCAAGGACAAGGAGUACAAACCCCACGACCUGCCCCAGAGACAGUCCCUGCCCCCGGCCGACUCCUGCCCCAUCGCACGCAGAGCCAAGCGUAUGAGGACCGAGGGUGGCUAUGUGAAGUCUGAGCCGGAGGAGUGUGAGAACCGCCCCAACCUGCGGAGGAGGAUGGGCUCUUAUGUGGCCAAAUCAGAACCAGCCACAGAACCAGCACCGGCCCACUUAACCAGCACGGAGACCACGGUGAAAGUGAUCCCAGUGCAGGUGAAACAGGAGCCACUAGAGCUGAGCAUGACUCCUGCUGAUGGAGACAAGUCAAAGGUGGAGCAGUAUAUAUGUCUGGUGUGUGGAGGCGGAGGAGAGGAGGAUCGGCUGUUGCUAUGCGACGGUUGCGAUGACAGCUACCACACCUUCUGUUUGAUCCCGCCCCUCCCAGACGUCCCCAAAGGAGACUGGAGGUGCCCCCAGUGUCUGGCCCAGGAGUGUGGGAAGCUGCAGGUGGCGUUUGGGUUUGAGCAGGCGUCCAGAGACUACACCCUGAGGAGCUUUGGAGACAUGGCCGACUCCUUCAAGUCUGACUACUUCAACAUGCCAGUGCACAUGGUCCCUACGGAGCUGGUGGAGAAGGAGUUCUGGCGUCUGGUGAGCACUAUAGAGGAGGACGUGACGGUGGAGUACGGCGCGGAUAUCGCCUCCAAGGACUACGGCAGCGGCUUCCCCGUCAAGAGCGGCACAUACACACCCACCGCACAAGAGGAGCACUACCUGGGCAGUGGCUGGAACCUGAACAACAUGCCGGUGCUGCAGGCGUCGGUUCUGACCCACGUGACGGCCGACAUCUGCGGCAUGAAGCUGCCCUGGCUGUACGUGGGCAUGUGCUUCAGCUCCUUCUGCUGGCACAUAGAGGACCACUGGAGCUACUCCAUCAACUACCUGCACUGGGGCGAGCCCAAGACGUGGUACGGGGCCCCAGGCUAUGCGGCGGAGCAGCUGGAGGGGGUGAUGAGGAAGUUGGCCCCCGAACUCUUCCAGUCGCAGCCAGACCUGCUGCACCAGCUGGUCACCAUCAUGAACCCCAACACCCUCAUGAACCAUGGAGUACCGAUCUACAGGACCAAUCAGUGUGCAGGAGAGUUCGUCAUCACCUUCCCCCGAGCCUAUCACAGCGGCUUCAAUCAAGGUUUCAACUUCGCUGAAGCUGUCAACUUCUGCACUGUGGACUGGAUUCCCAUGGGCCGCCAGUGUGUGGAGCACUACCGCUCUCUGAACCGCUACUGUGUGUUCUCGCAUGACGAGCUGGUGUGCAACAUGGCGGCCAAAGCGCAGGAGCUGGAGCUGGAGCUGGCCUCCGCCGUCACACUCGACCUCACCGCCAUGAUCGCCCAGGAGAGGGCGCUGCGCCAGAGGGCCUACAAGAUGGGUGUGUGGCAGUCUAAGCAGGUGGACUAUGAGGAGCUGCCAGAUGAGGAGCGUCAGUGUGCCGUGUGCAGGACCACCUGCUACCUGUCCGCACUCACCUGCCCCUGCAGCCCCAACCAGCUCGUCUGCCUGCACCACAGCACUCACCUGUGCACCUGCAGCCCCUCCGCAUACACCAUCAACUGUAGGUACACGGUGUCGGAGCUGAGUGUGAUGCUGCAGGCGGUGUCUCUGCGGGCCUCGUCGUAUGACGUGUGGAUGGAGCAGGUGAAAGGGAUGCUGGAGGCCACAGGAGAGCAGAGGACCGAUGUGGAUGAGUUGCGCAGCAGGUUGGCGGAGUCGGAGCGGAAGGUGUUUCCGGACAGCGAGCUGCUGCAGCGCCUCCGUGUGGCCAUUCAGGAGGCCGACAAGAGCGCCAACACGGCCCAGCAGCUGCUCAACGGCAAGAGACAGACCAGGUAUCGCUCAGGAGGAGGGAAAUGCCAGAACCAGGUGACUGUAGAGGAGCUGAGGGCAUUCGUCACACAACUCUACAACCUGCCCUGUCAUAUCAGACAGGCUCCGCUGUUAAAGGACAUGCUGUGUCGCGUGGAGGACUUCCAGCGGCGGUGUGUGUGUGUGCUGGCGGAGGAGCUGGAGUGUGUGUGUGUGUCGUCGCUGCAGGCUCUGCUGGACGAGGGCGCGGGCUUUGACGUGGAGCUGGCGGAGCUGUGUGUGUUGCGUGAGCGCGUGGAGCAGGCACGCUGGGUGGCGGCGGUGCAGGAGGCGUGCGCACACACACACGCGCUCACACACACACACACCCUCACGCUGGACAGCAUGCGGCGCCUCAUAGACCAGGGCGUGGGGCUCAGGGCUCACGCGUGUGUGGAGCGCAACAUGGCGCGCCUGCAGGAGCUGCUCACCGUGUGUGAACACCAGGAGGAGAGGGCACAGCUGCUGCUCAAGAGCAGACCCCGUCAGGACCUGGCCACCCUGGAGGCUGCGGUGCAGGAGGCCGAGAGUGUUCCCGCCUUCCUGCCAAACUGCCUGCAGCUCAAAGACGCCAUCAGCAAGGCCAAGGACUGGCUACAGGAGGCCGACACACUGCAGCUGGCGUCUAUAGUGGAGCUGGUUGGUCGUGCGCGGGGGAUCCCUGUGGCGCUGGAGGCCGUGGGGCGUCUGGAGGGACUCGUGCUGGAGGUGCAAACCUGGAGAGAGAGCGCCAUCAACACCUUCCUCCCACGCAACACACACUACUCACUGCUGCAGGUGUUGUGCCCUCGCUGUGAGUCCGGUGGGGGCUCCCAAAGGUCAAAGGUGAAGCGAGUGAAGGAGACGUCGCCCCCCCUCCGCCGAAACAGACUGGACUCCCUCAGUGACCUAGAGAAGUCCUUAUCAGAGAGCAGAGACACCGCCUCAGCGAUGGCCACGCUGGGCGAGGUGCGUGUGAAGGAGCUGGAGAUGGUGUGUGCUCUGCGCAGUGCUAACGACGCUAAGCUGGCGGCGGGCGUGUGUGAGCCCUGGUCGCUGCGUGUGUGUGUGUGCCAGAGCGCCCCCUGUGGUGGCAUGCUGCAGUGCGAGCUGUGCCACGACCUGUACCACCCCGGCUGCGUGGCGGCGCCUCAGGACCCAGGUGGCGGUGCGGACGGGCGUCCGUGGCUGUGCCCGCUGUGCUGGCGCUCGGAGAAGCCGCCCCUGGAGCGAGUGCUCCCCCUGCUGGCCGCUCUGCAGCGCAUCCGCGUCCGCCUGCCCGAGGGCCCCGCCCUGCGCUACCUCAUCGAGCGCACCGUCCAAUGGCAGCGCCGCGUGCAGCAGCUCCCCUCCCCCACCCCGCCGCAGCGCAAGAGACACACACACGCCGCCGGAGACGCGGCCACUAACGGGAGGCAUCUCUCUGGCCAGAGCCCGAGUGCGUCGUCGCCUCAGGAGAGAGAGAGGGGCGGCUUCUUCAUCGACAAGCCCUGCAUCCUCUUCAACGGUGAGCGCGGGGAGGUGGAGGAGCUGCUGGUGGAGGGGCUGCUCCUGCAGGUGACGUUACCUGAACUCCAGCAGCUCCUGCUGACGCUGCAGACCCCCGUUAGCCACGCCCCCUCCAGCCACUGCGACCACCUAUACUACGCCCCAUUGGACAAGAGCCCACCGCACGCCAACACACAGGAUGUGAUGCCUCGGAGCAGGAAGGAGUCGGUGAGCGGCGGCGGGGAGAAGCAGAGCAAGCGGCGUCUGAAGGAGGCGCAGCAGGAGGUGCAGGAGGAGGCGCAGCCCAAGAGGCCGCAGAAGAAGAAGCCCAAGACCACGACGCCGCCUCCGCCGCCCCACAACCGCGAGGAGCGCAGGGAGGAGAAGAGGAGAGGAGGAGAGGAGAAGAGGAGAGGAGGAGAGGAGGAGCGCAGGGAGGAGAAGAGGAGAGGAGAAACGGAGGAGCGUAGGGAGAAGAAGAGAGGAGGAGAGGAGGAGCGUAGGGAGGAGAAGAGGAGAGGAGAGGAGGAGCAUAGGGAGGAGAAGAGGAGAGGAGAAACGGAGGAGCGCAGGGAGGAGAAGAGGAGGCGGCGGCAGGAGCAGCGGAGGGAGAAGAGGAGGCAGGAGGAGGAGGAGGAGCGGCGGCGAGAGGAGGAGCGCAAGGAGGCGCACAGCACAGGCUCCUCCCCCCACAGCACUGGCUCCUCCCCCCACAGCACUGGCCCCUCCCCCCACAGCACAGGUUCCUCCCCCCAUCACACUGGCUCCUCCCCUCAGAACUCGCUGGAGGCGUCCGGCUCAGACGACUCGGAGGACGAGUUCGCACGAUGCGCCUCCAUACACUGCACACUGCCUGAGGGAGAGGAGGUGAACUGGGUGCAGUGUGACGGCAGCUGUAACCAGUGGUUCCAUCAGAUCUGUGUGGGCGUGUCUGUGGAGGAGGCGGAGCUACAAGACUACAUCUGCUCCAGCUGCUCCGGCCACGCCCACUACGGCUCCGGCCACGCCCACUACGGCACGCCAUGAGGACCAAAAUACUCACAACAGACUCACUCAUACACAGCAGCUUGGCUUUCAAGUGUGCUACUGAUGCCCUUUUUCCCUCUUUCUCACACACACACACACACACACACACACACACACACACACACACGCUUCCCGUGCUGCCUUCAUGAGUUCUUCCCCUACGUGACCCACUGAAUCUGGAUGGACUGUUAAGUAGAGCUGUGGAGUAUCACUGCUCACUCUUUUGUACUCUGGACCCUGUGUGUGUGUGUGUGUGUGUGUGUGUGUGUGUGUGUGUGUGUGUGUGUGUGUGUGUGUGUGUGUGUGUGUGUGUGUGUGUGUGUGUGUGUGUGUGUGUGUGUGUGUGUGUGUGUGUGUGUGUGUGUGUGUGUGUGUGUGUGUGUGGCGGAGCAGAAUGGCGUUCCCUGUGGUGAACUGUGUCCAGCUCCUGAACUGCCCGUGUCCAUCUCCCUUUCCAGCGCCCCCCCCACACACACACACACACACACACACACGGGACUGUACACAGUUAAAAGAAAUGGGAGUUGUUUUCCAAUCCUCUGCUUUGGUACCUAUAUUUGAAUAAUAUGCCCUUUGACCUAGGACCUUUGUUCCUGAUGUAGUAUAUAGCUUUAUUUAUCUUAGCAAUAACUGAACUGGAUGCUUUGGGUUCAGGAGCUAUGAGACGGCGUUUGGGCCUGUGGCUUUGUGAAGUAGACGUCAUUUGUACAGAUUGCUGAAUUCCCCCCGUAGGGCCUGUAGCAGGAGGAGCAGGAGGAGGAGGUGUGGACGUGUUGAUGGGAUAUGUUGUUCUCCGCUGUGGAAUAAAACAUGGUUUUCUUCCUCA